CAGGGGCAAUUAAAAACCACUUAUUCAACACAAAGUGUACGAUUUUAUGAGGCGUAAACACGUCAGUAUGCGCUUUUUAAGAAGUGGAUGAGUUGACACAGAAAGGGCUGUUCGCAUACUUGGAACACUGCUGCCCUCUUCUGCCCGUUUGGGGGAUUGCAACAGCGGCAAGGCGUCACAUUUAUUGCAAUAUUUUUAAUGAACACGUCCUGAUAUAUUCACCUUAACGAAAAAUAUAGCCAAAUGUAAUGAAUGUAUAUUUUUUGAAAAUACAGUGGUUAUUUAUUUGUUGACCUGGUUGUUGCCAUGGUAACACUGUUGUAGUAGUAAUAGCAAUGUCAAGCAGCUAAAAGCAGCAAUGGGGAACACAUGCACUUCUUGGGACACUACCUCACCACACGACAAGAUUAAAGAUGCUAAAAUUAUCUUUGUGGUUGGUGGUCCCGGUUCCGGUAAGGGCACCCAGUGUGAGAGGGUGGUGGCCAAGUACGGCUACACCCACCUGUCGUCGGGGGAUCUGCUCCGCGCCGAGGUCAACUCAGGCUCGGAGAGGGGCAAGCAUCUUCAGGCCAUCAUGCAGAGGGGAGAGCUGGUGCCGCUGGACACCGUCUUGGACAUGAUUAAGGACGCCAUGAUCGCCAAGGCAAGUGUCUCCAAAGGCUUUCUCAUCGACGGCUACCCCCGUGAGGUAAAGCAGGGCGAGGAGUUCGAAAAGAAGAUCGGCAAACCCUGCCUGCUGCUGUACGUGGACGCCAGAGCCGAGACCAUGGUCAAGAGGCUUCUGAAACGCGGCGAGACCAGCGGCCGUUCAGACGACAACGAGGAGACCAUCAAGAAACGUCUGGAUCUCUACUACAAAGCCACCGAGCCCGUCAUCGCCUUCUACGAGAAACGCGGCAUCGUCAGAAAGGUCGACUCUGAGCUUCCCGUGGAGGAGGUCUUCAACCAGGUCUCCAAAGCUAUUGAUGCCUUGUAACAAUACCACACUGAGAACAGCUGGGUUAAGUAGAGUUGUCAGCUGACAACGUGAACAACUACAACGCGCUACAAUAAAACCAAACAGCCAUAAACGAUGCCGGAAUUCCAAAUGAAGAAAAUUAAGGCAAAUGUUUUAAAAUUCUUGCAAAUUUAAUUAAAUGAUGCUUGCUGACUUCAUUUUAUUAUACUUUGGGCAUCAUUUUUGCCCAGUCCUCAAGACAUUAAAAAAAUGUCAAAAUUGAUGAUCUAAUCCAGGGGUCGGGAACCUUUUUGGCUGAGAGAGCCAUGAAAGCCAAAUAUUUUAAAAUGCAUAUCCGUGAGAGCCAUAUAAUAUUUUUUAAGUCUGAAUACAACUAAAUGCGUGCAUUUUUAAGUAAGACCAACAUUUUUAGAGUAUAAUAAGUCUGUUAAUCUUUUUAAUAACAUUGUUAUUCUGAAGCUAACCAAUAAUAAUUAAAAUACUUCUUACCAUUAAUGCGACUUCUUGAACAGGUGCGGUAAAAAAAACAUAUGGAUGGAUUAAAAAUGCAUGAGAAUGUUUUAUAUUUUGAACGUUAUUUUUAACACUGUGUUUACCAGCGGAAUUAUUCAUUACUUAUCGUGUUAAGCAAUGUCAGUUAAGAUUUAUCUGAGAGCCAGACGCAGUCAUCAAAAGAGCCACAUCUGGCUCGAGAGCCAUAGGUUCCCUACCCCUGAUCCAAUCUAAACUACACUAAUAAAAUGUCAACAAGCACAUUUCUAAAACUGCUUGUUUUUGGAAGUUGUUUUGACUGGGAAAUUGAGGAAAAUGCUCCCCAUUUUAACAAAAGUAAACCUGAAUGAAAAGACGGCAAACACUUCAGGAUUCUGGAAGUAGUUUUUACCUCAUCUUUUUGUCUAAAAAUGGUUGCAGUUUUAACAAAAGUAAACAUGAAAGAUCAGCACAAACUAUUGGAAGUUGUUUUUUGCGUUGUGUCUAAGAAAUGGAAGUGACAAAACACGAGGAACAUAUCGAAACAUUCUCAAUCAUUUUAGCAAAAGUAAACAACUGAAAUGCAAAAUUUUAGUAAUCUAGUUUUCAGCUUCUUUUAUGUGUCAUAAGGGUCAUUAACUAAACAUAACGUGCCUCUAAUCCAGCAGUAAAAAAUAAGGUCAUAGUGUAAUCUGACAUUGCAGCAUCACAACAUCUGUUUGUUGAUAUAUAUAAAUGUUUACCAUUUUGUGCCAACUACAUGAACAUUGUACUUAUUUAUUUUCCUUCGGCAAAGACUGCUCCUUGCAACCUUGUCCAAAAGCACAUUCACUUAUGUAAAUAAAGGUGCAAAAAAGACUGCAUUCUAAUAAAGAGAACCUAUCUA